GCCCGUGGCGCCUCCGUAGCACCCGCGGGGUCACAGGGAGCCGGGGCGCCGGCCCGUCCCUGAGAGCGAGACCAAGACCAGCUCUAUGGUUGCCGGGGAGAUGCGGUCGGUCAGUUAUGUGCAGCAGGUGGCGCUCGAGUUCAGCGGGAGCCUCUUCCCCCAGGCCAUCUGCCUGGGAGACGCCGACAACGAUACGCUGAACGAGUUAGUGGUGGGGGACACCAACGGGAAACUCUGCGUGUACAAGAAUGACGAUAGCAAGCCCUGGACCGUGCGCUCCUGCCAAGGAAUGCUCACGUGCGUUGGUGUUGGAGACGUGUGCAACAGAGGAAAGAAUCUGGUUGUUGCCGUGAGUGCCGAGGGCUGGUUUCAUCUCUUUGAUCUGACUCCUCCACCCUCAAAGCAUCCAGAUGCCUCUGGCCACCACGAACCCCCACUGGCAGAUGAACAGAAGCUGGUGUUCAAGCAGCACAUUCCUGCCAACACCAAGGUCAUGCUGAUCAAUGAUAUUGAUGGAGAUGGGAAGUUCGAGCUGGUGGUGGGUUACACAGACCGUGUGGUGCGAGCCUUCCGCUGGGAGGACCUGUCUGAGAGCUCUGACCACAUCUCCGGCCAGCUGGUGCUGCUGAAGAAGUGGCUGCUGGAGGGGCAGGUGGACAGCCUCUCUGUGAACCCGGGCCCUGAUGGUGUCCCCGAGAUGAUGGUGUCCCAGCCGGGCUGUGGCUAUGCUAUCCUGCUCUGCACCUGGAAGCCGGACCAGCAGCCCCUAGCAGAGGGAGGAGACAGCUCUGCAAACAGCAGGGAAGCCCCCGUUCGGGACGUUAUCCUUCACCAGACAUCUGGCAGGAUUCAUAACAAGAACGUUUCCACUCAUCUAAUUGGCAGCAUUGGCCGAGGCUGCACUAAAGCGGAUGCUGGCUCAGGCCUGUUUGCCCUCUGCACUCUGGACGGAACGUUGAAGCUCAUGGAGGGGGCGGAUAAGCUGCUGUGGUCCGUGCAGGUUGAUCACCAGCUCUUUGCUCUGGAAAAACUGGAUGUUACUGGCAAUGGGCAUGAAGAGGUGAUUGCCUGCGCCUGGGAUGGCCAGACGUACAUCAUCGACCACAAUCGGACUGUGGCCAGAUUCCAAGUGGACGAGAACGUCAGCGCGUUCUGUGCUGGCCUCUAUGCAUGCAAAGGAGGCCACAACAGCCCCUGCCUGGUUUACGUCAGUUUCAACCAGAAGAUCUACAUCUACUGGGAUGUGCAGCUGGAGAGAAUGGAAUCCACCAAUCUGCUGAAGAUACUAGAGACCAACCCAGAAUACAGGGACCUUCUGCAGCAGCUGGGCGUGGAUGGAGAUGAUGUCUCGGCUGUCAAAGAUCUGAUUCACAAGACCCUGUACUUCCCAGAAAAGCAGCCACAGAACAGUCCUUGCCAGCAUCGGGGCCCUGCUGGAGCAGACUCCUCCAGUCACCCCACCGUUGCCCAAGACUCGUGGAACUUUCCCACAGGAAGAGCAAGCCCUCAGCUGCUACCUCUGUCACUCAGGCCAGGAGAGAGUCAAGCAUUGAUAUGGGGAGCUAAGCUUUGGGACAGCAAGGGCAUCUGUUCUGAGAGCGGAGAACAUGUUCUUCUGUCUCCUGCGUCACUGAGGAGAGAUGGGAAUGAAGAGGAGACAGGACAAGAAAUGCAGCGUGAGAGAGAAGAGUGGAGUGGAGAGAUGAGGCCCCAUCUAAAGUCCUUCCAGGGCACAUUCCUUCUUAUUACAUAAACACCAGAGGACUGACACCAGCUGCCCUAUUACACACUGCAGUGGAAGAUACACAAGUGAGUUUCAAGAGACAGCAUAUUUUAAGUGAAGAUUUUAACAUCCAUCUUACAAUUCCUCUCAACCACUUCAAUUGUUGGGACUGAUUAGGGUGGCUUGAAGCAUUCAGCUAAAUGUCAGUCUGAGCUGCAGCGCUAAAUGUAGCUAGGUCUCCAAGUGUACAUUGUCGGGGAUCUGGUGUGUGGCACACAAGAAAUCAGACCUAUAUUUAAGAGGGACUGCUCUUCACCACCACAGCCGGGAUGACAUAUCUGUGAGACAAAGUCCAAGCAAAGGGGUUUAGCAGGGCUGUAGUAUAACAAGCUGUUACGUUGCAAUUGGAAUAGACACACACUUGCGGAGGGGUGAUCUUUCAACCUCUGCCACCAUUCAAAGCGUCCUAUACCAAUGUGUUUCUGAAGUGAGGGAAGACCAAAAAUGGCAUCUUAGGCAUUCAACCUGGUUCAGAGGGAAGAGAAAGGGCUUGAUUUGAAGCACUCUCCCUGUACCACCCAUUUCUAUUCUCAUACGUUCUAAAAGAAUAAAGUGACAUUUAUAAUUAAAAGCUAAUUUAAGGAAUGUACAAUAUUUACAGAGUCAUGACAAGC